GGCGGCCUUUGUCUGCCGCUCAACUCCAGGAAAGCUGGGCGCGCGGCCGCGGGGCAGGAGAGGCUGAUAGAGCGGAGGCCAGCGUGGGGUGGACAGUUUCCAAAGACCUGGGACCAGUUGCCAAACAGGGCCAGUCUCCCCUUGGUACACGAGAGGCACAGAGAGGAGGCGCGACUUACCGCCAGGGCGCCCAGCAGGGAGGAGACCCGCAGCCUGCCUCCAAGACCUCCCGCAAUGACAGGUUGUAUGUGGAGACCACAAAUUGCUUCUCCAUGCUGACGGAGGGAUGCCUGGAUCGUCUCUGCUUUACAGCUAUUGGCCACAAGCAAAAUGACGACUUCUGAGAAGUGCUCCUUGUAACUGUGGGGUCCCUGGCCACAGACCUGUCUCCUGAAGAUGAAGUGGCCCAGGUGAGGGCCAGGCCAGGCCCCAUGGCCAGCUCGGGAACAGAGAUGCACUGGGCUAGGUCAGGCCUGGGGAAGGGGCCCAGGCGGCGGCGCUGGGCCUGGACAAAGGAUCAAGAUGGGGAAGGAAACAGCCCAGGGGGCUGGAGGGAUGAACAGCCUCUUCCGGAAGCCACCAGCCCUGAGCUCCUGGAAGACUUCUGUCGGACCCAGCAGCAGGAGUGGAACCCAGACAAGCAGGAGUCUGAAGGGUCUUCAGGAGAAGAGACUGAAGCAGACGAUGUAAGAAGCCCAGAAGGUUCUACCCAGCCUCUCCCCUGGCCCCCUGGGCAUGAUGAGCAGUUGGACCUGACUGAAGUGGAGGAGCCUGAUGAAGAGCUGGAUGAGGACCCUGGAAACCUGGAGGUAGAGGAAGCUGGAGAGAAAUGCCAAGGGCUGUACUGUGAGGACCAGAGAGGUUUUAAUACCAAGGCUGUGGGUCAGGGGAGGACCAGUGGCCGGGUGACCUCUGACAAACAAGCCAGUGGUCACAGACUUUCAGAGCAUCCAGAGAUCCAACCAUCCAUUGAACUCAGCGUGGCAAGGACUUGGAGCAGUGGAACUGUGAGCCUUGGCCACCCUAGUGACAGCCUUGAUUCCACCUCGGAUGGAGAAACUGACGUCCUCCAGCCCACCACAGUGGCAGAAGCUCUGCCAAAGAGCCUCCACCAUCAUGUCCUGUGUCCAGAUGACAGAACCGGAGGCAGUGUUGCUCGGGCAAUACCUGCAGAAUUCCAGAACUCCUUAGCAACGUCAGCCCAGAACCCCCAGCGCACUGCAGGCACAUGGGGGCAACAGACUACCAGCUUGCCCAGCUCACAGCCUGAGGAUCAAACCUGGAAGCCAAUCAAGGCAUCACCCAAGCCACUGCCCUCCCGAUUUACCGGCUCCACCACCUCCCUGAGUCCUCAGCUUAAACCAGCACAAAAAGUCAGGUCGCAGCACAAACGGGGAUCCAUUCUGGCCAGCCACUCUUCUUCAGAUGUCCCCAAGUAUGGCCAGGGCCGGCUGAACUACCCACUUCCUGAUUUGUCCAAGGUGGGGCCCCGAGUGAAGUUUCCCAAAGAUGAGAGUUACCGACCUCCCAAGUCCAGAGGCCAUAGCAGGGAGGUCCCUGCUGGACCCCUGAUCUUCAAGUCCCCAGCAGAAAUUGUGCGAGAGGUACUGUUGAGUAGUGGAGAGGCAUCCCUGGCCACGGACCCUCUUCACACCCACCCUGUCACCAGGGUGCCCCAAGAGUUCCAGACACCUGAACAAGCCACUGAGCUGGUCCAUCAGCUCCAGGAGGACUACCACAAGCUCCUCACCAAGUAUGCCGAGGCUGAGAACACCAUUGACCAGCUACGCCUUGGGGCCAAGGUAAACCUGUACUGGGAUCCACCUCAGCCUAGCCAGAGCGCCCAUGCUGGGAUGGUAUCCCAAGGGACCAAGGUCUUCUCUUUCACCAUCCCACAACCCCAGUCAGCAGAGCGGUGGUCCGGCCCUCCUCAGGACCCACGGGCCUCCAAAGCUACAGGGUGGCCACCCCCACAAGGAGCCAUGAGUCCCUCCUCACCACCCAGCAUGCCCACCUCAGGCUGGAUUCCAGAGCACCAGGGUAUUGUCACGGACCUGCCCUCCACAGGAUGGACUCAGGUGCUGGCCUCCCAGGCUAGCCAGCUCCUAAGCAAGGUGGAAUCCUUCGAGCAACUGGUGCAAGCGGGACACCUCCCACCCCAGGACCAACUCAAGGGCUUUCGGCGGCUGAGGGCAGCCCAUACGGCCCUGGAGGAGGGAUACCUGCGGGCCUGCCAAGAUCGGCACCGGGCCCCACAGCUUGCCACCUCCAAGGGGACUCCCGGGACCCUCAAUCCCUGCAGGGAGCUGGAGGCGGAGAUAUUCCGCCUGGGAGUGCACCUGGAAGACCUUCAGGAACUCAUGGACCAGACCCCACAAGAAGCAGAGCUGUGCGGCUCAGACCCAUCUCCAGACAGCUUCCUCGCCACCCCCUUUCCCCACCAGUCAGUGCACCUUCCUGUGCCUUUGGGGCCAGCAGCCUCGCCUGCCGUCCAGACCCUUUGCCCCAAGUCCACUAUUGCCACUGCUGCCAACACCCCUGCCAGCACCUGUACGAUGCCUGUGAAUGAGGAGACGAGUCCCUGCGGCAGUGAGGUGGAGGGCAGCCCAUGGGACCUCCCAACCCCACUCAGGGAUCGGGGACUGCAGGUGGAACAGGACUUCCAUGGCCUCCUGGAGCGGUACCUCAGCAUGAAGUCCCUUCCUGAAGCCCUAAAGGUGGAGGAGGACAACAAUCAUCGUGGCCUUGUGGAAGGGGAUGGGGCAGCUUCAUCUCCAGGAAAAACAGAAGCCCCCAGGGCACCUUCAGGACAGUGCCCAGCACUGGCUGAGGAAAGUCACAGGACCCCUGUCCAGGAGGAUGUGGAGCAGGUGGUAUCUGUGAAGCCACCAAGCGUUCAGACAUCCAUGGCCAGUGACAGGUGCAUGCCAUGUCUGGGCAAAGCUGAAGCAGGUCUACAGGGCACCAAGUCCCCAGCAUCCCACCAAAGCAGUAUGACCAGCCUGGAGGGAAGCGGCCCCUCAGAGCACGUGCCUUGCAAGGCCCUGGUUCAGGCUGGUGGGUCCCACGUGGAGGAGCCCUGGAUGGCAUCCCCAGAGACAGACAGUGGCUUCGUGGGCUCAGAAACCAGCAGAGUGUCUCCCCUCACCCAAACCCCAGAGCACCGGCUCUCCCACUUCAGCGCCAGUUCCCCGGGAACCUCAGCUCGGUGCUUCACUGCUUCUGCACCCCAUGAUAGAACCUCCCAUCCCAAGGCUAGGGGACCUGUGGUCUCCAGAAGAGCCAUCAAGCCCAACAUACCCAGGAGCCAAGCACAGAGGCACCUCUCCAGCUUGGGCAGUCCUCUCCAGCCGGGGAUACAUCGUUCCUGCCCAGAGCGAACCAUGGCAGUGGAGAUGGUGGCUCCCAGUUUGGAGUUCGAAGGACAGAGUCGGAUUUCUGAACAGCUCCGCCCUGGCAGAGCCAGCGGUCCAGCCCUCGCCUCAGCCCCGGCGUCGAGCCCCGUGCCCCACAGAUCAGCAGAGAGCACGCCUGACCUCCUCCUCACCAAGACCGAGCGCGAUAAGGCCAUCCGUGAGCUGCAAGCUGAAGUGUCCCGGCUCCGCCUGCAACUGGAGGACAGCCUGCACCGGCCACCUGCAGGCAGCCCCACACGCCUGGCAUCUACUUUUGACCCCCCCACCCAGUCCCCCCACCAGCCGGAGGCGUCCUUAGCCAAGUGGCAUUCUCAGUAUGGCAGCAAAUCCACAGAAAGGUUGUCCAGGGAGCCUGCAGGGGCAAAGCCAGCUGGGCCCGCAGGAAGACGGCGAUCCAGGUCCUCCUCAGUGCCUCGAGAGGUCCCCCGACUGUCCCUGAGUUUGGAAUCUGAGCUACACUCUCCCCGGCUGACAUCUGAGAACAAGACCACUGAGAACCAUCCCCGGGAAGAAGGGGAGGGGAUGAGAGCGGCAGGUGGCCUGCGACAGAGGGACAGGGUCUCCUUCCGGGGCCAGUACACAGGCCAGGAAUACCAUGCUCUAGCCCCAAAGGCUGUCCUGAAGGACAGUGGCUCGACUUCCUGUCCCCACUGCCAGCCCACUAGCAUUCGGGACACAGACAGUAACACCACCAGGAAUCCACUAGGACCAGCUGCCACUGAUACUCUCCGCUGUCAUCUCUGUGGUCACAUUGGGUCCCACGCAGAGGCAGAGGGCCCCAGCCCAGCCACCUCCGGGGAAGACAAGAGCACCACGAGGAGAGCUACGCUUGCCACCCCUAAUCCCAAGCAGAAGAGCAGACGGGCUAGUUCGCCUGCACAGCCGCCCCCUGGGCUCUGGUACCUGGCAGCUGCACCCCCAGCCCUGGCUCCACCAGCCUUGGCCUAUAUCUCCUCAGUGCCCGUCAUGCCUUACCCACCAGCCACUGUGUACUAUGCGACCCCCGCACCUACCUCAGCCGCCACGGCCUCCUCGCGGCCUGGCCCGCGACAGCAGUCCUCCGCCCAGCUGGGCUUGGAUGAACUGGAGGAGCUGCACGAGGCCCUCAGCCAGGCCGUGCAGGCCGCAGAGGACGUGCGCUCCACCACACGCCACAUGAGCCGCUCGCUGUCGGCUGACCUGCGCCACGCCCGCGGCCUGAGGGGCUCCUGCCUCUUCUGAUUCCCCAGCGCCUGGGGACCGGGAGGGCCAUUGUCUGAAGCCACCCCGAUGCCUGAAGACCCACAGUCCCCUCCUUAGGAGGGCCAUCCUCAUGCUCUGACACAGUCCCCUUCCCUAGGAGGGCCAUCCGCAUGUUUAAAGUGGAGAGAGUUCCAGGGGAACACGCCUCCGUCCCACACAGCAGGUGCAGUAAGCAAGGCCACGUCUGUCCAUUUGGAGCCACCCAUACUGUCCUACCCUUGUCCACCUCUAGCUAACAAUAUGCAUCUCGUAGACAGAUGGACAGAAUUUCUUGACCCAUAGGAGUCAGCCUGCUCUUGGCCCCUUAGAGGCCAGGAAAGGGGGAAAGCCCAGGGUCUCCACAGCACCGGAACCUGCCUUCCACAGCCACUCUGAGGCACAAGUACCAGAAGGAACUAACUGGCUGGGGACCUUGCUCCUAGUGGUCCAUACACAGGGGGGAUAGUUGGGGACUGGUGGGGCAUCUUAGGAGGGCGGCCCCACAUGACAUGUGCACAGCUCCUCCGUGGUUGUAAAAGCCUUCCCAGUGAGCCGCCAGGGUAAAUGCGUCCCCCAGCACUCCCCUCAGUCCUUCCCCAGGCCACACCCCUCGCUGGGAUUUCCUUAGCCGAGCAGUUUUCCUACCCCACCCUAUAGCAAUGUGUACCUCAGCGUCUCUGGAAUGUGUGUACGUCACAGAUGUUUGUAUAUUUGAGGCAUUUAAAGAUCUAUUUUCGUUACAAAAACAGAUGAAGGAAAAUAAUCUUUAAAAAAAUACAAGAAAAGACAACAAAAAAUUCCAAA